AUGGCGUCAAGGUCCCAAGCCUCGUACGGGGACCGCGCAAAGGCGCACGCGAACCCGCUUGUACGGCGGCUGUUCGAGAUAGCAGAGCAGAAGCAGUCCAACGUGGUCGUCUCUGCAGAUGUCACCACCACCAGCGCACUGCUAGACCUGGCCGAGCGCCUCGGACCACACAUGGUCGUGCUCAAGACACACAUCGACAUCAUCACUGAUUUCUCCCCGCAGACAGUCGAUGGUCUCAAGGCCGCCGCACAGAAACACAACUUCCUUAUCUUCGAGGACAGAAAAUUCGUCGAUAUAGGCCACACCGUCCAGAUGCAGUACCAUGGCGGCAGCCUACGUAUCUCUGAAUGGGCGCAUAUCGUCAACUGUGCCGUGCUAGCAGGGUCAGACAUCGUCGACGCCCUGGCGCAGGUAUCUUCUUCCGCCGAAUUUCCUUACCCCGCGGGCGAGAGGGGUCUGUUGAUCCUCGCCGAGAUGACUUCCAAGGGCUCAAUGGCGACGGGCGAGUACACCAAGCUAUCUGUCGAGAUGGCUAGGAAGCAUGCUGGGUUCGUCAUGGGGUUCGUGGCUACGCGGUCCCUAAGCGAUAUCCAGACAGAGACAGAGCGCAAGGCAGAUGAAGACUUUGUGCUGUUCACGACGGGUGUCAAUCUUGCUUCAAAGGGUGACAAGCUGGGUCAGCAGUAUCAGACUCCCGAGUCGGCUGUGGGGAGAGGAGCAGACUUCAUCAUCUCAGGAAGGGGUAUAUAUGCUGCUCCUGACCCGGUGGAAGCUAUAAAACAGUACCAAGCUGCUGGAUGGAACGCAUACCUCCAACGCAUAUCUCAAAAAUGA